CGGCUGCGUCAUCCGUAGUCACCGCACACUUGAAACCCACUCUCGGUAUUAAAAUUCAAGGUGAAAAAUGUUAUGAUAUAUUUUCGGAUCAGUGACUGUAAAAAUCUUCAAUUUCAUACGCAUGUAUCUUCGCUGCAGUAUUAUUUUACCAAAACUGCGGGAAAAAUGUUGGAAGUGAGAUGACAUCAUCUAACGUUCCUCUAACAGCUUCUGUGUCGUGUACGUUAUCUGAGUUUUUGCCCAGAGUGCUUAGAAAAAUGGAGCAUCAGAAGGCCGAUUGGAAAAACCACAAGAAAGUUUGCCGACCCUUCAAGAUAGUAUACACAGAAGACCUAGGCCGUCACAUGGUAGCAACAAGAGACAUCAAACCAGGAGAGAUUUUAUUGAAAGAACAACCUCUGAUCUCUGGGCCCAGUCAGAAUACGGUACCAGUAUGCGUAGGCUGUUAUAAAAACGUAGACGAGAAAUCCAGAUGUUGCAGCAAAUGUGGAUGGCCGAUCUGUUCGGAAAUUUGCGAAAAAGCGCCUCAGCACAUACCAGAAUGUCGGUAUAGUGUUAUGAGAGGAGACAAGGUUUCGAUAAAAAACUUCAAUAUGAUUCAUCCCACGUACCAAUGCGUCACAGUAUUAAGAUGUUUGUACCAAAAACAGUUUCUGCCUGAAACAUGGAAGAAAAUAGAUGAACUGCAGUCACAUUGUGAAGAACGAAAAGAUACUCAGAAGUAUGAACAGGAGAGGGUGAAUAUAGCGCAAUUUAUACGGAAAUUUUUCAAAUUGGAAAGUGUGUUCACAGAGGAAGAGAUUUUGAAAGUUUGUGGAAUUGUUAUGAUCAACUCCCACGAAAUUCCAUUGACAGACACUCCAUAUAUCGCCCUCUACGACCAAGCUUCCCUAUUGGAGCACAACUGUAGCCCUAACUGUUCCAAGAGUUUCACCGAUAAAGGCUACAUACUUAUUUCUGCCGGCAAACCCAUAAAAAAAGACGAACAUAUCAGUAUUUGCUACACGGACCCUCUCUGGGGAACCCCCAACAGAAGACAGCACUUGUGGGACUCCAAGUACUUCUGGUGCGAGUGCCAUAGAUGUAAAGACAAGACUGAAUUCGGGACGUACUUUAGUGCCUUGAGAUGUCAAGACAGCAACUGCACUGGCUUUUUAUUGCCUGAGACCUUCAUAGAAAAUAGCAUGAAUGAAAAAGGUUCCGACUGGAAAUGCAAUGCAUGCAAAGCAAAGCUAUCCACGUAUUCGGUUCAUGAUCUGCUAGAAAGAAUAGGUAAAGACUUAUCGGAGAUGCCUAAAGGUGUGAUCAGGGAAUGCAGAAGUUUCAUUGAGACAUACGAACAGCUACUGCAUCCGAAUCAUUAUUACCUGACAGAUGUCAAACUGGCAUUGGCGAAUAUGAUUGGCCAAGAAGAAGGGGGAUUAGUUGAAACAAGCAGUGAAGAUUUUGAUUUGAAGCUGAAGCUGUGUCGAGAUCUUAUGAGCCUGACGGAAAAAUUGAUCCCAGGCGAAAGAAGAGUGCGAGGUGUUUUAUUAUUUGAGCUUCAUGCAUGCAUGGCUGAGAUUGCAAGAAGAAAUACUGACGAUCCUGAAAUAGUGAAGUCAGCAUUAAUGGAUUCCAAGAAAUUUUUAACGGAGUGUAUUGAACUGUUGAAGCAUGAGCCAGAAGCAUUGCCUGAAGGAAAAAUAUACAAACAAGCUCUUCAAAAUAUGCAAGAAUUUGCAGUUCUGAAAGAAUAAGUGCCAUUGUACGAAAUAUUAAUGAAUUUUAAUUUUAUGUGUAGAUUCAUAGAAAAUAAAAAUAAUUUUUUUAUCGAUAUUAAUGUAUUUAUUCAAUCCACAUCAGCUUCAAACUUACAAAUCCAUCCGAGUAAAGUUCUAGAUACCGGCACCAAAAAGGAAGAGGGUGGAAUAACACAUUGUACGUUACUGCUAGCGAAAUGAAAUAAAUUUCACAUUGUCACUUCAUUUGGGGAAAAAUAAAUUUCGUAUAUACAAGGUAUCCGCAAAGUUGGGGUUUUCCUUUACAC